CUUCUGCUGUCAGCUCUGCAGGAAGGUGGAGAGGAAGAGCAGAAGUGAACCAAUCCUUAGUAGUUAGGGGAAAGCUUAAGUGCUUUCGUUUGCAAUAGGCAGUGAAAGCUGCAGAAAGGAUUUCUCCAAAGAAAUCUGCUUAUGAAGCAGUGCUAGCCAGUGCUGGUACAUUCCUCAAAAAGGAGGAUCGACAUGCUCUACCUUUACUACAGCCUUUUCACUGUAGCACACAGACAGACCUGGCAUGGAACGGGGCCAUGGCAGAUUAAAUGCACAGAUGUGCCUUUGUAGCUUAUGAUGAUGAUGAUGAUGAUUCUUCCAUAAUAAGAUUUUUGACACAGCAAGGUUUUUUGAUUUUAAACUAAUCCUCUUAUAUAACUCAGUUACGUUCUUUCUCUUGUCCUGAAUAUUAAUCUGAUUUUCAGAUACUCUUUAUGGUUUUGUUUCUGAUUUUUUUGCAUUCGCGGGGAUGAGAUUCAACUGAUUACAAUAGUUGUAGAUGGCAAUCACCUGAUCAAGCAUACUGUUGUGAUCUCUUGAAGAUAAUCACUAAAAAUAUAUCUUCCUUAAUCUCCUUUGCUGGAUAAGAGAAAAAGAGAAGGAUUGGAAAGGGCAGUGUGCCGUGGGUAGUGGACCGACUGCAUGCACUACAGGUUGCUUUCCCUACCUUCUUCCGAAUAGAAAUGCCUUCUUUCCCCAUCUUAAACAGCUUUGGGAAGCUGUGUGGAUCAGGUGAAGAACUGGUGCUGGAAAAAGUGAAAUUUCGAAAUUCAGUCAGAAGGAUGUCAGUAAUUGAGGAUGGGAAUAUUGCAGAGGUCUUGUAUCUCAUUCCUAAGCAGAGCUUGCUGAAGCAACUGCCCUACUUGAAUCCAGAUGACUAUUACUUGUGUGAGCAGUUAUUUGACACUCCUGAGGAUCUGGUGGCCCAUCCUCAGGAGCCUCACCACCCCUCUGAAAAGCCAGUCAUCCACUGCCAUAAAUGUGGGGAGCCAUGUAAAGGUGAAGUACUCCGUGUUCAGGCCAGACACUUCCACAUCAAAUGCUUCACCUGCAAAGUGUGUGGGUGUGACUUGGCACAGGGAGGGUUUUUCAUCAAGAACGGGGAAUACCUUUGCACCUUGGAUUACCAGCGCAUGUACGGCACCCGCUGCAAUGGCUGUGGAGAGUUCGUGGAAGGAGAAGUAGUGACAGCUCUGGGAAAAACUUACCAUCCAAGCUGCUUUGCCUGUACUGUUUGCAAGCGUCCAUUUCCACCAGGCGAUCGUGUUACCUUUAAUGGAAGGGACUGUCUCUGUCAGAUGUGUGCUCAGCCCAUGGCCUCCAGUCCAAGAGAACUGUCUGCCUCAAGCAAUUGUGCUGGCUGUGGAAGAGACAUAAAAAAUGGGCAAGCAUUGCUAGCUCUGGAUAAGCAGUGGCACCUGGGGUGCUUUAAGUGCAAGGCCUGUGGGAAGGUCCUAACCGGGGAAUACAUCAGCAAAGAUGGUGCUCCUUAUUGUGAAAAGGACUACCAAGUGCUUUUUGGAGUCAAGUGUGAAGCAUGUCACCAGUUCAUUACUGGGAAAGUCCUAGAGGCAGGUGACAAGCAUUAUCAUCCAAGCUGUGCACGAUGCAGCAGGUGCAACCAAAUGUUCACAGAAGGAGAAGAAAUGUAUCUGCAAGGUUCCACUGUCUGGCAUCCCGACUGUAAGCAAUCCACUAAGACAGAAGAUAAGCUCCGGCCUACAAGAACGUCAUCAGAAAGCAUUUAUUCCAGACCAGGUUCCAGUAUACCUGGCUCUCCAGGCCACACUAUCUAUGCAAAAGUAGACAAUGAAAUCCUUGAUUACAAGGAUUUAGCAGCCAUUCCCAAAGUCAAGGCUAUUUAUGACAUUGAACGUCCAGACCUAAUUACUUAUGAGCCAUUCUACACUUCCGCCUACGAGGACAGACAGGAGAGACAGAGUCUUGGAGAGUCUCCAAGGACAUUAUCACCUACCCCUUCUGCAGAAGGUUACCAGGAUGUCCGGGAUCGCAUGAUUCACAGGUCUACUAGCCAGGGCUCCAUCAAUUCUCCAGUGUACAGUCGUCACAGCUACACACCCACCAUGUCACGCUCCCCUCAGCAUUUCCACAGACCUGGCAAUGAGCCGUCCAGCGGUCGGAACUCCCCUGUCCCCUAUCGGCCUGACAGUCGCCCUCUCACUCCAACUUACGCUCAGGCCCCUAAACAUUUCCAUGUUCCAGAUCAAGGUGUCAACAUUUACAGGAAACCGCCCAUCUACAAACAGCACGCUGCUUUGGCAGCACAGAGCAAGUCCUCCGAGGAUAUCAUCAAGUCCUCCAAGUUCCCAGCAGCUCAUGCACCAGCACCCAACGAGAUACCAAAGAUUGAGACGGACCACUGGCCAGGUCCUCCCUCCCUUGCUGCCAUAGGAGCUGACAUGAGACGCAGAUCAAGUGGAAGAGAGGAAGAUGAUGAGGAGCUACAGAGGCGCCGGCAGCUGCAGGAAGAGCAGCUCAUGAAGCUCAACUCUGGUCUGGGACAGUUAAUAUUGAAAGAAGAGAUGGAAAAGGAGAGUCGCGCACAUGCUUCAGCCUCCAAAACCUCUUCUCUCCCUGGGUAUGGAAAAAAUGGACUUCACAGGCCAGUGUCUACAGAUUUUGGUCAGUACAACAGUUAUGGGGAUGUGAGUGGUGCUGUUAGAGAUUUCCAGUCCCUCCCGGAUGGUCAUGUCCCUGGAAUGAGAAUGGACAGAGGAGUAUCUAUGCCUAACAUGUUGGAGCCAAAGGCAAGUGCAGAUGUUAUUCACUUUCCUUCAAGACAGUGAAGAUUUGACUGUGAAAUGCAGAUAAAAUAGGGGAAAUGUCUUAGUUCCCUUACUUUUCUUUACCUCACCUCAGUCCCUGCUCCUUAUGUGCCAAACCUCUCCCUUUGUUCUGGACUUUGCCUGUUAACAGGUGUUAGUGCUCAGGCAGGCUGAGGGCAGCCCAGGGGCGCUUCCUGGGAUAAGGAAGCUUUUCUAGAGACAAACUGAAGGAUACUGAAGGUGCUCAAUAGGCAGUUCUCUCUCAGACUUUCACUAGCCAAAGCAGCAGGCCAGACUCAGUGGGAAGAUCUCAGAUCUGUCCAGUUUGAAAAUUGAUGCAGAAUACUGUGGCUCACAACACACUGUGGAGGCUGUCAUAAUGUAAAAGUUAGGAAAAUACAUGGAUCUUUGAUUGGAUGUCUGUCUGGAUCUGUUAUUUAGCUCUUGGCACUGUUAGCCUGACCACCUGUCAAUAAUGCUGAAUUCCCUAUAUGAGAAUCUCUCCAGGAGAUUCAUUGGAAAAAGAGACAAUGUCAGCUAAUUAUAAUGUAAUAUACAAAUUAAAAUGCUUUUACAGCUAUGUCUAGAGAUGCCUGAGUCAAAAAUGAACAUAAUAACAUAGAGGGAAUUAAACCAGAGCUGUGUUUUAAAUCUUUCUUUAUUGCUGGUGAACCUUCCAUGAAAUCAUGAUUUUGCUAAAUUUACAAGGAUCACAAUUUCUACAGUUAAGUGAGGAGCUGGUUUUGCAAACCAGAUCACUACGUGUGCUUCCGAGUCACCUCCAGACAAACUGUACAAGGCAAUAACCCUGGCUUUAUAAGCUGAGACCCCAGAGCAAUGUAUAGUUACAAGUGGUUUUAUAUACUAUAUAAAUAAGACCCUGGGGACAUUAUCAACUCCCGAGCUACUACUUUUUAUUCCAAAUAAUUUCUCUUUCAGUGCAAUAGAAAUUCUUAAAGCCACCACUGCUGUUGAUGCACCCAGUGAUUUGGAAUGUUAUUUUGGGUGACAAAUUCUGUCAGUAUUAUUAAUAAUAAAAUUUAUGGCAAUUUUGAUGAGAUAAUAGAACACUUUCUGUUGAUGUUUAUAAAGGUGAUGCCGGACCCUCAGCAUGUGUGAAUUGGCACUAUUUUUAUUCAUGUCAAUGGGCCAACAGUAACUUAAACCUGAUAAAGUAAAAGAAGCUAACUCAAAGUCAGCAUGAAACACAUGCAAAAAUUAGUAACCUUAAGAAGGACCAAAUCUCACCAAAUGGUUUUCCAGAAAGGACAGAAUUUGUGCAUCCUGCCAACCCAGAUUGAGACAUGCCUUUUUAUGAAUAUUUAAAUAUAAAAUGUACUUAUGACCGUAGAUCUUGACUUAAAUUCUGCCUGUUUAAAUAUGAAAAGUUACAUUUUAGUUUCCUAUAAUGCUGUAUAUGGUAGCCAUUUCCAGUAUCAAACAUAAGCAAUGUAAUUCCAAGUAUAGACUUAAUUGUACAAUUGUGACAAUGUCAGAAUAUCAUAAGAAUCAUAUCUUACAAUUGGUAUGUAAGCACACGUUAUUUAAGUUAUUAUUACUUACAAUAAACUCAGUGGUGUGUUCA